CCAGUAGAUGGAAGGGUGCGCAGUGGGAGGUUUCGGGUGGGACGGUGACGCCAAGGCAGCAGGUUCGGGGCUCAGUUUAACAGCUUAGGCCGCGACCGCCGGUGGGGCGAACACGGAAACCACGGGAAGCGCGCGCGCCUCCCUGUGGGUGAUGUAGUUCGGACUGAAUGACACGAAGGCCGCAGCCUUUGUGCCACCGUGUAACAGUAAGUGGUCCCGGUCCGGGGCAAUACUGUUGAGACAGACGGAAGGUGACGAAGUCGUUCUCGGAUUCCGACCUUGCUACAGCGGUUCCACAGUCCUGGGAGGGGCCAGCCUGGAGUAACUGGGCGAGCUCGCGGCUCUCUGGUAGGUGGCCCCGUCGCCUGGCUGCGCAGGCGCAGUCCCCACCGGUGCAGGCAGCGGACUUGGUUAGGUCAACGAGAUCCGCGGUGGACAGUUCAAAAACGGUCGCCCCGGCAGGAGAUCCGACGUCCUCCCUGGAGCUCCGGACGUGGACCGCUUGCAGAGAAGCCAGCCGUUCCUGCAAGAGACCAGAGGAGGAGGGAAUGACCGCUGAGCUCCUGGAUGCGGGGUUGCAGGAGCAAGUGACCUUUGAGGAUGUGGUCGUGGACUUCACCCAGGAGGAGUGGGGGCAGCUGACACCUGCCCAGAGGACCCUGUACCGUGAUGUGAUGCUGGAGACCUUUGGGCUCCUACUCUCUGUGGGACUUUGGCUUCCGAAGCCCCCCCUCAUCUCCCUGCUGGAGCAGGAGGCGGAGCUGUGGCCCGUGGACAAGGAGGUUCCACAAGGUGUGUAUCCAGACUUAGAAACUAGGUCAAAAACCAAGUUGUCAGCUGCAAAGCAAGACAUCUCUGAAGAAAUAUCCAACAAUGUCCUGGUAGAAAGGUUCCUGUGGAAUGGUGUGCAGGGCUCUAACGGAGAAGACACUGUGGGCCACUGGGAACAGAGUUGUGAGCGUCCUGAUGGUAUGGUACAGGCAGACUUCCUGCCUGUGAAGACAUCUGUUCCGGAGCAGCAGCCUGGGAAUGGGUUUACGGAAGACUUAAGCCUGAACCCAGAUACCCCAAUUCAACCCAUGAGUCCUGAAAGACAAUGUUCCCGCAUACGGGGAAUACAUGGAAAAAGGGGAAAUCCAGAUGCUAAAUUAAAUGUGCAACAGAAAACCUAUGCAACAGAGAAAUUCUACAGGUAUCAAGAAUGUGGAAGGUCCUUUAGUCACAGCUCUGCACUCAUCGAGCACCAGAGAAUCCACACUGGUGAGAAAACCUUUAAGUACGUGCAGUGUGGGAGGACCUUGAAUCAAAUUGCACCACUGAUCCAGAACCAGGGAAUUCACACAGGUAAGAAGCCCUACGAGUGCAGCGAAUGUGGGAAGUCCUUUAGUUGUAGGUCCUUCAGCCAACAGGAGUGGACUCACACAGGCGAGAAACCCUACGAAUGCAGUCAGUAUGGGAAGGCCUUCCGGCAAAGCACACACGUCACUCAACAUCAGAGGAUUCACCUGGGAGAGAAGCCCUACAAGCGCUAUGAGUUUGGGAAAGCCUUCAGCCAGAGCACACUCCUGACUGAGCAUCAGAGGAUUCAUACAGGAGAGAAGCCGUUCAGUUGCAAUGAAUGUGGAAAAACCUUCAGCCAUAGCUCAUCUCUCAGCCACCACAGGCGGACGCAUACUGGAGAGAAGCCCUAUGAGUGUAGUCAGUGCGGCAAGGCCUUCCGGCAGAGCACACACCUCAGUCAACAUCAGAGGAUCCACACAGGGGAGAAACCUUAUAAGUGCAGUGACUGUGGCAAGGCCUUCAGCCACAGCUCAUCCCUAACCAAUCACCAGCGAAUCCAUACGGGGGAGAAGCCCUAUGAGUGUAACGACUGUGGCAGGGCCUUCAGCCAGCUCUCUCCACUCAUUCUACAUCAGAGAAUCCACACGGGAGAGAAGCCCUAUGUGUGCAGUGACUGUGGCAGGGCCUUCAGCCACAGCUCAUCCCUAACCAAUCACCAGCGAAUUCACACUGGGGAAAAGCCCUAUGAGUGUAACAUAUGUGGCAGAGCCUUCAGACAGCUUUCUUCACUCAUUCUGCAUCAGAGGAUCCACACAGGAGAGAAACCCUAUGAGUGUAAUGAGUGUGGCAGAGCCUUCAGCCAGAGCUCCCCUCUCAUACAACACCAGAAGAUUCACACUAAGGAAAAGGCCUACGCAUGCAACGAGUGGGGGCAGUCCUUUAGUCAUUGCUGAGUCAGCAUGAGAGGACACUAGGGAAAAGCCAUACGAGUGUCCGUAUUGUGGGAAAUCCUUUAAGCAGAGCACUCACCUCGCUCAGCAACAGAAAAUGCAUACAGGUGAGCGCAGGGGCUGUGGGAAAGCC